AUGAAUGACGUAUUCGAUUUUUCAACAGUAGUAACAACCCGUCGUGGAGCUAUAUCAUCAACUACAUCUAUAGAAUCGAAUGAGUUAAUACCGAUUAUAGAAAAAGAUUCAAGAACAAUAGAAAUACUUUCUUCAGCAGUUAAAAAUAAUAUUCUAUUUAGUCAUUUAGAUGAUAUUGAACGUAAACAAAUUUUUGAUGUUAUGUUUCCAGGAUUUUAUUCAUCCGAUGAAGUUAUUAUUCGACAAAAUGAACGAGGUGAACAUUUUUAUAUUAUUGAAGAAGGUGAAGUCGAUGUUUAUAUAAAUGAUGAAUUAAUGACGAGCUUUGGUGAAUGUUCAUGUUUUGGUGAAUUAGCACUUAUUCAAAGUACGCCAAGGACUGUCACAAUAAAGGCUAAAACAAAUGUUAAACUUUGGUCAUUAUUUGGUGAAACAUAUCGAAAAAUAUUAAUGGAUAUAACAAUAAAAAAACGAAAUAGUUAUAGAGAAUUUUUAAAUAAAGUUUCAAUUUUACAAACACUUGAUGAAUUUGAACGUUUAGUAGUAGCCGAUUCACUUGAAUCAAUACAAUAUGAAGAUGGUGAUAUUAUUGUUAGACAAGGUGAUCCAGGCGAUGAUUUUUUUAUUAUUGUUGAAGGUACUUGUACUGUACAUCAAAAACCAUCUGAAUCAUCAGAAUCAAUUGAAAUUGAUACACUUAGUGCAGGUGAUUAUUUUGGUGAAAUCGCACUUUUAUGUAAUCGUGCACGUGUUGCAACUAUCAUAGCUAAAGGUUCAUUAAAAUGUGUUAAAAUGAAUCGUAAAAGAUUUGAACGUAUUCUUGGUCCAAUACGAGAUAUACUUCAACGAAAUAUUCCACAAUAUAAUUCAAUAAUACCUCUUGAUCAAUUACAAACAAUGAUUAUCAGUAGUGAUCCAAAGAAUAAAGAAGAAUAUUAA